UGCGUAUUUGUUGGUGUCUGCCAAUAACAUGUUAUUUUUUUACACAAACAUACACAUCCACGCAUGUUUCGUUUUGAUAAAGGUAGGAAAUAGUAGACGUAUUGAUAAAAAAAAUGUAGGAAAAGAAGAGGCAUAUUUUGUUAAAUUAUUUUAAUCCUCUGGAGGUGAUUUUUACAUUAUUACAUAGGGUUUGAUUUUAAUUUUUAAAUUAGAUUCUUUUCAACAAAAAUAUUUUAAUGAAAAAGAUGUGCUUGCAAUAUGACAUUCUAAAAGGUUGCUCAAUCGGCAUGGAACAUAAGUAUCAGUCUUUUCUUAUUGAUGGACUACUUUGGAUAUUUUUGUAUUGUGGUAGCCCCUAGGCUUGGUUGGCAUCCUUCAGAAUAUGUCAAGUUUUAUUAUGCAGAAUUUAACCACUGAGGCUAUACAUCUCGGUUGCUUAUUGAUUGAAACUUGAGGAAUAUUUUAACAUAAACCGAAAUCCAACAUUUGAAAUUCAAAAUGAGUUUUAUGGACAAAGAUUUUGAUGCUGUUGCUGCAAAGCGCAUAGAUGAGGUUCAGAAAAAACAAAGACCAAAAAUGGAUAUAAGUGAUGCAAAUAAUAAAAUCAAAAAGAUACUAUCAAAAAACAAAAAUUGUGCUCCAUCAUUUAUUCCAAAUAAGGAAGAUACCCCAUCCAAUUCUGAUAUUCUGGAGAAGCAAAAACCUGAAAAACUCCCAUCUAAGAAAAGAAAGGAACAGCAACCUUAUCGACCUACUGUAGGCAAAUAUAAAAAAUGUCUGGAUUCAAAAACCUCAAAUCAAAGCCCUGAUUUGACAAGUAAUUCUCCCUUGAAUUCUGAACUUAAAACUACUCAAAAUGGUGAUAAAAUGCUAUCAAGAAAUAAAAAUUCAGAAAAACGUUCCCAAAAUAGUUGGGACGUUAUUGAAUUGCAAAAUAGCACAGGCAAUUUUUCAGACUCUCAUUCAAUUAACGUUAUUAACAAUUCUUUAAAAAUUACUACAAAAAGUAGUAAAAAUGAUAAUGUUUUAGUUAGUGAUUCAUCUGAAUUUACAUUUGAUGUCAGUUCCCAUGGUUUGAAUGGGAAUUUAACAGGUGUGUAUGACUUGCCAUUAACAAAUAAGAAAAAUGUUAAAAGUGAAGGCAUUUCAAUUAGUGUUCCAUCUGAGCUCACUUCUGAUGUCAGUUCCCCAGAUUUAAAUGGGGAUUUAACAAGUGUAGAUGACAUUGCUCAGCCAUCAACAAUUACUAAGAAAUUUAGUAAGAUUGAUGACAUUUUAGUUAAUGGUGCAUCCCAACUUACUUCUGAUUUCAAUAUGACAGGCCCAAAUGGGAAUUCAACAAGUGAAUGUGUCUUAACAUAUCCGCUAACAACUAAUUGGAAUGAUCCUUUUUCAAUUUCUGAUGUACCUAUUCUUGCACCUGAUUUCAGUUCCCCUUAUGCAAAUGGGGAUUUUUCAAGUGUGUGCAGUUUUGCAGAAUCAAAUACUUUGUUUGAUAUUAAUUGGAGUGAGGACUAUAUACCACCACCAAAUCUUGCAUCUCCAAAUACUUACGUAACUUCAGAAAUUUUUGAAACUAAUCCUUAUUUAAACAGAUGUCAGCUUUCAAAUCUGAAUAAUUUAAAUUUAGAAGAUCAUUUUUCUGAAAGUCAAAGUAUUCAUCAUGAUAAAUUGGGCCUUCAGGAGCAUGAAAUUACUUCUACUAUUUCUGUCAAAGGAAAUGAAGUUAAAACUACUGCUUCUUGUGAAGGUGGCCAGUUUCCAGAAUCUCAGCCUACAGGUUCCUUUGAAGAUGAUCAAGUAUUUGACUGUGAAUUCAUUAAAAAAAUUGAUCAGUUUCUUCACAAAUUGAUAUCUGAAAGAUACAUGCAGAAAGCUAUUGCUGAAAAUAUCUUGAAUGAUCUAAGAAAAUUUAUAAAAUAUUAUUUCAAUGGAAAUUCAGUUAAAUUAUAUGGUUCAUACUUAUAUGAUGCUGCUGUUAGUACAUCAAAUUUAAAUCUGGCUUUAGUGUCUGACUAUCCAAUAAAAAAUAGUUUUUUGCUGUGUAUACAAAAGAAGCUUGCUAUAGAAAUGAAGGACUAUAAAGUUGACCCAUUUGAGGAAAAUCAGAACCCUAGAAGAUCCAAGAUCUGCUUCUCAGAUAAUGACCAUGGUAUCGCUUGUGAAUUAAUUUGUUUAGGAAGUACAGUUUCCAAAUAUUUGGAGUUGAAUAACAUGUUGAAGGCUGUUUGCAAUUUUGAUCGUAGAAUACAGAAUCUUGUUAUUGUUAUAAAGCUUUGGGCCGAGACUUGUGAAAUUAAUGAGGUUGAAAAUGGCAAGCUUCACCCAAUUGGAUUUGCAUUGUUGGUUUUGCAUUAUCUUCAGCAACUUGAAAAGCCACUUUUACCUUUUUUGAAUGUAUCAUCUAAAAAUUGGGGUUUAAAAGAUUUACCAGUUAGAAAUAUGUCUUCACUUGGAGAACUUUGGCUAGAUCUAUUGAAAUAUUAUGGUUAUGAAUUUAAUUGGAAUGAGUGUGUAGUAACAGUAACUGAUAAAACUCCAGUUCCUAAAAGUACUAAAUCAUGGCAACUUUCGUGGAUUGCUAUAGAAGACCCAUUUAGUGAAACAAAUGUUGCAAAUAAUAUUAUAACAUCAGACUCUGCUGAAUUCAUAACAUCAUGUUUUAAGAAAUCAUAUGAAUAUUUUUCUUCUGGUCCUUGUGAUUCAGAUUCCACUUCAUCAGGAUCUGAUCAUAAUGAUUCUCAGAAAAUUCGCAAGUGCAGUACUUUUAAGUUGAGUGAUUGCAUUUCCCGUGCACCUCCUGUGUUCUUCUCUGAUGAUGACGACUCUGAUUAUGAGAAUGACUAUGUACCUAAACAAGUGGUACCUGAAGAACCCUUGAAAUUUUCCAAGAUAAGUGAAACAAUGAUGAAGAAUGUGAAUCGAGUAUUGCAUGAAGUUUAUGGUAAAUACAAAUUACCAGAUCAUCAACUAAGAGGUCGUCAAGCUUUUGUGAAAGACUUAGAAAGUUAUAUCAGGAACUUGUUCCCUAAUGCUAAAUUGAACUUAUUUGGCUCCACCGUGAAUGGAUUUGCAUUCAAAAGAAGUGAUUUGGAUAUAUGUAUGACAUUUGAGGGGAGAGACAAGAAAGAAAAUUCUGCAGCAAGUGUUUUGAAAAAGUUGGUGUAUCAUCUACGCAGAAGAGAUGAUCUUAAAAAUGUAUUUGGAUUAUACAAAGCACAGAUCCCCAUUAUUAAAUUUAAUGUCACUCAUCAAAAUUGGCACUGUGAUCUUAGUUUUUACAAUAUUUUGGCUGUUCAUAAUUCUCAUCUCCUUUACAAAUAUUCAAUGAUGGAUGAAAGAUGCCAAAUUCUGGGGAUUUGUCUCAAAUAUCUUGCCAAGAAAACAUGCAUUGCUGACUGUGCAAUUAGAACUUUGUCAUCAUAUUCAUAUAUUUUGUUGACUAUACAUUUUCUACAACAAGUUAAUCCACCAAUUUUACCUGUGAUGCCUAUACAUGAUAAAGGGGUAUUUGAUGAAGAAAUAGAUGCAAAGGAAUUAAAAAGAAGAGGAGUUUUACAGAAUCGUAAUUUUUGGUAUUCUGAAGAUAUUGAGCAGUUGAAAAAGAGAUAUCUUGGAAAUGAAAGAAAUACAUUAAGUGUUGGUGAGUUAUGGCUUGAAAUGUUGGAGUAUUACUUAAAAUUUGAUUACAACAGAGCAGUUUCUAUAACUGAGAAGGAGCCAGUUCCCUCAUCAUCAUUACAAAGAUAUGCAUGCCUUUUCAACAUUGAAGAUCCAUUUAUAUCAAAAAGAAAUUUAGGAUGCAUAGUCUCUCAAGAAAAGGCCCAAGAAACUAGAAAAGUUUUUCAUCGGACAAGAAUGUUGUUUGGAUGUGAUUAUCCUUGUGACAAAAUGAAAAUUUUGCGAGAACACUUUUUUUGUCCUACUAGCCUAACUGGGCGAACUACGAGAGAUGUUGAAUGCUUUGCGUGUGGAGGUUUUGGACAUGUAAGGGAAGAAUGUCCUAAGGCAGAUCCAUUCAAGAAUCGAAAACCUUGGAAAUCAAGUAGGAAAUCAAGUACAAAUAAAGCUCAAAAAUCAACAAAUGUGUUUGAAAGGAAAACAUAACGGUUUCGUUUUUCUCUGCAUUGUUGUUGUGCUGUGAUAUUCUUUGUCUUUCUGUGAAACUAGUCUAAAUAGUGAUUUUUUUUUAAAAAUGUCUCUAUGAGAGUUAUAUAUAAGAUCUGUUGAAAGCAAGUGACUAGAUUUACAUUUCAUGGAUUUUAUAAGUCUUUUAAAUAUUAAUGACUAUUUUAUAUACAAUUCUAAUGAAUUCUUAAUUUAUAAAUGCUUGACAACAUAAAAUCUUGUUAUCGUAAUUAGGAAACACAAUUCAUACUUUUUACCACUUCUUAAUAGAAGUUUUAAUAAUGUUUAUAUCUUUUUUUUUUAUCUUACAUGAUAAGAUCUGAGCAAUAAGUAUUUUUUAUAUUGUUUGUAUUAUAAAUUAAUAUUAUGCAAUAAAAAUAAUGAAAAAUCUAAAAAAGAAUGAUUGAAUACUGAAAAAUAUUUUUUUUUCUAACUGCAUGUCAAUAAGAAUAUAAUUUUUGUAUCUAUGAUAGUAAUCAUAAUACCAUGUGUAUUACAAGGUUCCUAUUGUCCCCCCCCCUUUAUACCAUUUUUCAGUAAAGGACUGAGUCUUUAAGAGUCAUUUUAAAUGUUUCAUUUGUUAAUUAUGAAUCACAAGGCAUAUUAUUGUCAUUCGUUUUGAAUGAUUGUUUGUUUGUAGAAAUAUAAUACCAAAGUAACUUUAUUUCACUGUGACAUUUUGGAUAUAUCAAAUAUGUUUGUGUACGUUUUAUAAUUUUGAAAUUAAUUUAUUGAACAUUCAAAUGAGAUGCUUUUGUGUAAUUGAAUGUACUUGAUGUAAUCAGCAUUUACUGUAGUUAUAAUUUAUGUAAAUAUGGUGGACAUUUUUUGGAUUAUAUUAAUCGCAAGUUAUGUUGUGCUGGUUACGAUGUUUCAUAGGCGAAGGCUGGGGGGAGGUGCAUAUUUUGCAAAUGUCAAGCCUGUAUAUUUUUGCUUUUACCUGAUUUUAUUUUCUGUUGAACAUUUUACUUGUGUAUAAUACGGAUUAAUAUUUGCAUAACUGACUUCGCCAAAUGUAAUUUUACGAUGUUUAAUAAAAAUUGAAUUUUUAA